AUGGCUUUCCGGAUAUCAACACCUAAAAGUCAUAAAAUUUUUGGUGUAAGUCGAGCUCCUUCUACUGUAAGCAUUUCAGCUUCACAGAAGUCGACUUCGCCACAACUAUCACCUUCACUUGAAGCCCACAGCAGCAGCCAUGGCAAUGGUGGCAUUGAUCAAGGGCUUGGUACUCUGUCUAAUGCCGCUAGUGGCUCGAUGAAAGUGUUUCAGUCCAAUGAUGCGGAUCAUAUUGUGAUUCGCGCCUACAAAGCUAUCGUAAAUGUCAUGAAUCUUCGUUGGAGCGUGACAGGUCUUCCGAGCCAGGCAUCGUUACUCGCGAUAUCGGAAAGGGACCAUUUAGGCAACCCAGGAGCAAGGCUAUUUGCCUUACGUUUAAAACUUCGCAAUGAGCAGCAUAUGGCUAUAGCUAUAGACAGGAUCGCCGCGGUUCUGUUGGUUGACAUGCGCGAUGACCUUGGAGGGUCCUACGAUGGUGUGCGAGAAAAAGGCUUCCGAACUGCAAUUGUGGGAAAUAAAAUGCUUGCUGACCAGUGGAAAAAGAGCCGCAAGGAGGUGGUAGAAGAGAUUCGAGCAGCGAUUACUUACAACUUUGCCGAACAGAUUAUCUCCCCAGGAAUUAAUCUCCUCCUAGGUUCACGAUCACAAGAUGUUUGGGAGAAACGUUUCUCCCGUAAAAAGGUCGAAGUUUUGCACAAACUGCUAAAGCAAACCGAAGAAGGUCGAAUUGUAUUGAGCCGCGCAAAGAGCUUAGAUGAUGCUGUAAUCACCAUUAAGCGCAUUCUCAGCAUUUAUGUCGGAUACCAUUGGCGUUGCGCAAGAUAUGCACCACUGAAUACUCAGCACAAUAUCGAGGAGUUAUUCAAAAAGCUACAGGGCCAACUAUCGACACGGGUGACAGAUAUGCGACAGUUGGGGAGUACUUUGUAUUCUACGCUGGAUAAGUCGACAACCCAAAGCGGACAGGCCACAGAGGCUCCAGGAGAGGGUUCAAAUUCCCUCACCCAAGUAUCUGUUCCGACAUCUGGCAACUCGUCUACAGAUAAACGAAAGUUAUCAAAGUUGUCAGACCACGAUUACCCUUCAAAGAAGCGUCGAUGUUCGCUCGAUGCUUCUGAACUACAGCUAGAUACGAGACCAACGUCAGAUACGUCACAUAUAAUCGAUGGACUACCAUUAGCAUGCAAACUUGUCACAAAUCAAGGACAAGAUGACAGGGAAGCUUUAUCCACAAAUGGAAUUAAUGAAUUAGUCAAUUUUUCUUCUCAAAGUUCUCCAGAAGACCACGAAAUGCUUGACAGAGAAGAAGAGAAUAAUGCCCGAUCCGAUUUACUUAAUACAGAGAUGGGCAGAAAAGGAGAGGAGAUGGAACAUCAGACACAGCCAGUUUCUGAAUGCCAGGACCCUGGGAACUCUCUGAGCUAUAAAUAUGGCGAACAAUGGGGAAUCGCCGAGGACGUUACCACUUUAGACGAUAUACUCAGUCUCAGCUGGUGA